GAACAAACCAAAAAAUGUAUCAUCCCUUGCACACCUUUAGCUAUAAUCAAGGUAUUGGAAUAUGUUGGUGUAUACAAUCCAAUUAUCACAUAUGGGAAUCGUUUGCAUGGUCGUGUGAUUACCGUAGUAAAUAGAAGUGAAAUCGUUGGACGUCCUCUUGCUGCUUUAUUGGCCAAUGAUGGUGGAAAGGUUUAUUCUAUUGAUAUUAAUGGUGUUCAAGAAUUUAAUCGUGGUACUGGAUUAAGACUUAAAAAGCAUGAGGUUAUCGAGACGAAUUUCAAACUUGAAGAUGUGAUUCCAAUAUCCGAUGUUGUAAUAACAGGUGUUCCAUCACAAUCAUACAAAAUUCCAACAUCCUUAUUACGAGACGGAGUAAUUGCAAUAAAUUUUUCAGCAUACAAAAAUUUUGAAGAUAAUGUUAAAGAAAAAGCCAGCAUUUAUGUUCCGACGAUUG